AAGGAACUUCCUCCAAAAGCGCCGCAAUAUCCCAUGAACCCACCUCCCGAGGGCCGCCCGGUCAGAGUCUACGCCGAUGGUGUGUUCGAUAUGUUCCAUAUGGGCCACAUGCGACAACUGGAGCAAGCAAAGAAGGCUCUUCCUAACGUCACCCUCAUUGUCGGAGUUUGUAAUGAUGAAGACGUACACCUCUAUAAAGGACGCACUGUCAUGUCAUACGCCGAGCGUCUCGAGACAAUUCGUCACUGCAAAUGGGUCGAUGAAGUUGUCGAUGAUGCUCCCUGGAUCAUCACACCUGAAUACAUGGAAAAGCAUCAGAUUGACUACGUUGCUCAUGAUGAUAUUCCGUACGUCUCUGCUGGACAAGAAGACGUAUAUCUACCGAUCAAGAAACUGGGCAAGUUCCUUACCACCCAGCGAACGGAGGGCAUCAGUACAAGCGACCUCAUUACCCGAAUUGUGCGAGACUACGAUCAAUACGUUCUCCGCAACCUCAGUCGCGGUAUCGACCGCCGCGAGCUCAACGUGAGUUUGUUUAAGAAGAACGAGCUUGAACUCAAGAAGAACAUUAGCGAACUUCGCGAAGUAAUCCGCAACAAUUGGCAAUCAACCUCUCAGGACGUGAGGGCACUGUUC